AUGGCUGAACCAGCGGGAACAGCAGCAGACCUGGGGCACGUCCCUGCCACCCCGCGCUCCCAUGAUCACGCCGUCGUCGGUCACCCUCUAACGCAUGCGACUUCGACGCAGAGGGCCUCCUGCUAUCAGUGUUUUUUGUCGGCGGUACGCGAGGAGAAUUCGGAUGAAAAUCGUACAGCAGGACACUUCACUUGGCAGUGCGUAUGGGAGACCACUUCUAGGAAGUGUUUGGGCUGCGCGCAGAUACAAUGUCUUCCGAUUCCGAAGGGAAUACAGGGCGAUUGGCAGGUUUUCAACGAUAUCCUCGAUUGGGGGUAUAACGCUCACCCCGGGGCGAUGAUGAUUUCCACUAUCGGGCCCGACUAUACGUGGAUGGAUUGGGGUCAUAACGCAAUUAAAGCUAUACAUCGCGAGUCCCGAAUCUUAGCUCGUGUGAUGGUAGAUGUUAUUCAGGAAUACGCCAACGACAACGGCUAUAAGCUGUCAUCAGAUAAGAAGAAGGCUCGCCUUGCCCGGUUAGCGUAUGAUGAACGGAUGGAGCAGAAACGUGCUAAUAGGAUUCGUGUCCUCCAACUACGGGCCGGGAUCACGCCUACACUGGCGAAGACAUUGAUACGACUGGAGCCUGGGGAUUCCCUUUUCCCUGUGGUUCAAGCUGGGAUCCGGUCAUUUUUCAUGGGCGUCGCAUUGGGAGCCAUCGCAGAUGGGGAGCCGCAGUAUACGGCAGAGCUGAUCCGGGAUACUUGGCAGUGUUUUGGGGAUCCCACGGUGUAG